UUCAGUUCAGUUUGCGACGUCUCGAAAGACGGUUCGUUCUUUCUUUCGUUGUGAUUACGCAAAUUUAUUUGUACAGGUUUUUGUUUCGUUGCCUGUGAAUGGAUGGCCAUUUCUCAAUCGAGUUUUGCACACUCCAUAAAUCGGCUUUCUGAAGAGGUUCGUUGCGUCAUUCGGGUUUGAACCCUCUUAUCAGCUCCUCGGUCAAGGAUUUUAGCUUGAAAAAAAAAAAAAGAAACUUGUCCAUUCGUGAUGAAGAUGGAUGGCCGAAUCGAUUUUCAAUGACGUCGUUACGUGUUCACCCAUCAGCUCAUUAUUAGACUCGCUGAUUGUGGAUGACACAAGUGUUAUAUAAACCAUAAAUUACACAAAAUUGCGUUUGCGGUUUAUCUCUAUCCGAUUGUCUAUGAUUAUGCGUGUGUGUUGUCGUGCGUGUGUCAAUGAAUGAGUGUCUGCACAAUCGAAACGCCCUGGACACUCGAUAACUGGGCUAGCGUAAAAAGUGGACGGACCAACGAAAACUCGUUUUCUUCCUUGUUCGCCAAAAAUAGUCAACAGAUACACGAACGAAGUUAUGUAUUGAUAGCCAAACGAAAAGUAUUUCGCUCCGUUUAGGGGCACGAAUGAAUGGCAACUUCUCGUUUCGUCAUUUACUUGGUUUGACCAGCAAAAACGGUCUCAAAAAACUCGUUGGCAGACGAAAGAAGACGAGAUCGGUCAACAUCGCAAAGCGAUCGUUGAUAAAAGCCCUCUCUCCUGCUAUUCUCUUACUACCCUCAUGUCCUUUUAUGUCAACAACAUAAACUAGUUCUCGGUAGAGAAGAUUAUUGCCCGUAUUGGCAAACGCUCUCGAACCCUAAGAAUCCCACAUCAACCAAUAGAGCCGCCAUUCUUUUUUCGAGAACACCAUUCGCUGUUCGUUUUGUUCGAUGGCUUAAAUGAGGAGAUACUUGACGUGCAUACAAAAUAGUCAUUUCGUUGUCCAGUUACUAGAGACAGUGGGCUGAUGACCUCUGCCAUCAAGUGGCCCAGCUCUUUCCUCGCUGCCGUUGAGACACACCCCGUUGCGGCCUUUUGCUGGCAAUUGUGUCGCGUAUUUUUAAACCAGUUUGACACCGCCUUUCUUUUCGACACCAAAGUGAAUAGAAGUGAAUCAACAAGAGGAAUAGUUUCUUAACCGCGUCUCUUUUUCGUUCGUCCUUGUAGAACGCGUGUGUGUUACUUUUUCUCCCUCUCUUUCUCUUUUUCCCUAAAAAAAAAACAAAUAAUAACAAAAAAAAAAAGCCAACUGGGCGAAGCCUGAGCCAUCCGAAUAAAAUAAAACCUUAGGCUGCUGGUCGGCACUGAUGUGAAUCGAAGUGAUAAAUAAAACAAAAAGCAAAAGAAAGAAGAGGAAGAAGAAUAAGAAAACAAAAACAAACGACACUGGGCGUUGCUUCAAUGCGGCAACACUAUCGUCGCCUUCCGCAUCGAUUCCGUCUUCCAUAACAGCAACAUAUAGACUGGCAGGCUCGUGAACUGCUUGCUUGAUGGUCUGCUUGUUACCCGACUGUGCGUGCGGAUAUAAAAAACGACGUGACUGAAUUCUCUGCUGUCCCGAUUUUUUUUUUUUUUUCGUCUCUUGGAAUCGAUCCUCCGCCUCUUUAGCUCCGUCUGGGUGCUCAUCUUUCCCCUUCCCCGUCCCUUUUUUUCUUUCCUGUCUCAUCCUGCGUCUUCUCAUUUCUCAUAGCUGCCAGUUGUUUUGUGAAUUCAAAAGCAAAACAGACUAGACGGAGGGAGAAGUCGCAUUUACAUGCGAGGCUUUGUCUUGUUUUUGCGUGUGUGUGUGCUGUUCCUUCCAUCAUCCGCACUUGUGUGUUGCUGCCAUAUUUCCGACUUAAAGACUUGCUCAUCAGCAGUCUUUUGUGCCACUGCAGCACAUCGCAAAAUCCCUUGGAAGACUGCACACAAUACGAGCAUAAAGACUUGGACAUUUGAAUUCAUCAUUGUGAAGGCGGCAAAGAGAAUGCGACAGCCGUCAUAAUGGGAAACGCGAGAUCGGCGUCGUAUUCGUAUCACCAGCCGCUGGAACAGCAAGAAGAAGACAGGCAUCGCUCUCUGCCUUCUCCUCUUCAACAUCAAUCUCAGCAUCAGUAUCAACAAUACGGGCAACCCCGUCGGGCGGUCUCCUCCCGCCGACGCCAUCAGUCCUGCUAUUGGAGCAAUGCCGCUUCCGCUGGACUGGAUAGGAGUGGAACUAUUACGGACAGGCCAAGCCGGAAUGCGCCGUCAGCGGCUAUCGGAUGCUCUGAUAUUGGAUCGCAUAGAAGAUCCGGUGAAGUCAUGGCCAGUGAUGACACGAUGAGCGUCUUCGGGGGGUGCUCAGCUGAAAAUUCGGAACCGACGCCUCUUCCUUUCGUGCGGCACCGCAAUCUACCGAUCCGGCUGCCACGUAUCAAUCUCAACAAAGAAUCGUGGUCGCAUCAGUCGUUUAAUAACACAUUGAACAAGUGCGGACGGCAUAAAAGCCUUUCUUGCUCCAUGAUGCACGGGCGGACGUUGCCGACUAAGGACAGCUGCCCGUCUGCGGCGUUUGUCGAUGCUGCCCGCCUCCACGUCGGUGUUUGUGCCACUCUGCGAAAUAGCGAGGCGAUGAGAUCGAAAACGCCCACACCCUUGCCAACGCCCCCAGCCCAGGCGUCGGUUCUUUCCCUGCGUGACGGGAAGAAUGACGAUCACGCUCCAGGCGAUCAAGAAGGCCGUUUACGAGGUGCCGUUAGCUGCGCCGCUCUGCUCCUUCAAUGCGACCCAACAGAGGCGAGAACCGAUCGAUCGACGGUGAGCGCACGCCGUCGCGAAUCGAGCGAUUCGCGUGACACGCAUCUGUGUGUCAACAAUAACAAACUUCAGGCGCCCGACGGCUGGAAAGUCGGCCAAGAUUCAACUGUUGGCAACAUAGCGUUUCGUCGCCAAUUCCUCAGCAUGAGAUCGUACCACAGCCAGAAGCGACCGCUUUUGCUGGCUCGAUCCAGUUCCGUCCGGACGAGGUCGUCCUAUUCGGUGCCCAUUUUGACGGAAUUGGAAGGCCAGUUUUCUGAGAACACAUACAAAGCCAAACAUUAUUUGGAAAUGGCCCGUAUGAAGAAGCAGAGCGUUGAGCAGAGUCUGUCGACCGCCUACAACGUGGCCAAUUUAUUACAUCAGCCAUUAAUUGCACCGCCAAUGACUGCGAUAAUGACCGAAGAUUCCGUUCACCAUACCACUAACAUCGGCCAACAGCUAGAACAGCAACAGUCGGCGACAAGGCCCGGCUUGCACAAAAGUUGGACGUCCAUCAGCCAAGAAAGUUUAGGCGAUGCGGAAGACGAAGACGGUGGUUACACGACGACGUUGACUGUCGGCGACAAUGGCAGUUUACACAGUCGUUUCUCUGAUUCCUCUUACCUGACCAUGUUGACGGCCAAUACUUCCCUAUCCAGUGGCUACCACGGUCCGGCUUCGUUGACGGGCGAUGGCCAUCCAGCGUCUUCUUCGUGUUCUGACGAGGAGGAUGACAACGACGAGAUUUAUCAACACCGACAGCGUCAUCAAAUGAUGAUGUCGAAUUGUGAUGGAACAACGUCCGGCAUGUUCUACCUAGAAUGGCUGCGCCAAGUGACGGGCAGUGUUCCCGCCUACGUGGAGCUAAGACAGGGCCGUUUGCACUUGAAAUUAAUACAAGAUGAUGUUAUGGAGCACAUCGAUGGCGCCGUCAAAGUCAGCGAGAUCACCGAACUUCUACGCGCCGAGUAUGGCAUCGUGACUGGUGGACGUUCCCGAGAGGGUCGACCAAUCAUCACAUUCCCGGACAGGUGCAACUUUGCCACCCUAACAGAAGAUAAUUACAGGAAGUUGAUUGUUUACCUGACCUCCGUACCAGCGUUGCACGAUGCAGAUUUGGGUUACGUUCUCAUCGUCGAUCGACGUUCGGAUCGCUGGAACGCUGUCAAAGCCACUCUCUUGCGGCUUUCGAAUUUCUUUCCUGGCCUGAUUGCUGUAGUGUACGUUCUGCGGCCGUCUGGCCUUCUCCAGAAAGCCAUCUCCGAAGUCAGCAAUAAAUUCUUCCGCGAGGACUUUAGAUUCAAAGUGGUCGUUUGCAGCUGUUUGGAUGAGCUGCACCAGCGGAUCGAUUCUAGUCAGUUGACAAUCGAGCUGGGCGGCUGUUUGUUCUACGAUCACCAAGAAUGGAUAGAUACCCGUGUCUCGGUCGAAAGCUUUUCGGCAAACACGGCAGACAUCAGUGCCGCCUUGCGCAAGUUCUCGCGCCGUCUUCAGGACACUGAGCUACCCAAUGAUGUGCAGAGCACUCAGGCCGUUUUGCAACACCAAGGCCAAGAAUAUGCCAGUCUCAAAAUGGAGCUGAAUAACGCCAACGCACAAGGCGAAACCCUAUUAAACUUGAUCAAAAAACCAGCUCCGCUUUCUACACCCGGACGCCGAAGCGAACCCUGGCUGGGUCAACUAGUCAACAUCACCACUGUAGAGAGGCUAUUAAUUCAAAUGGAUGAAACGCAAAGGACGCUGGACGAGUUCUGGAACAAGCACGCCUUCCAUCUCAGACUUUGCCUUCAACUUCGUCAGUUUGAACUCGAUUUCAGAGAGCUGCAGGUUGUGCUCAACGAAGAUAUCCAGGUCGUGUCGGACUUUGAAAGCGAUGGCGAUUCAGUCAGUGCAAUCGACGCUUUGCUCCAACAGACUUAUGAUUGCCGAACCCGUUAUCAGUUGGAUCUGGAUCGUGCCGACGCGCUCUAUAGUCAUGCAGGUAAACUAAUGACCGAUUACGCAGACAGUCCUGUGGUUCUCGAUUCGGUCCGACCCAAGAGCAUCGAACUCCAGCGAGUGAGUCAAGCGUUACGAGAUUUGUUUAUUCAACGUCUCGAUUCUCUGGAACGUUCUCGCGAUUUGUAUAAUCGUAUUGAGAAGGCUAAUCGUUGGUGUUCACAAGGUGUCGAUUUAUUGGCCUCGCAACAACUUGAAAAAUGUUCAUCACCCGAAUUCGCCGCUCACGCGCUGGCCGACAUCGAAGAGUUUCUUACGUCGGCUUCCGAGUUCCGUGAUCCGAAACAGUUUCGUAAUAUGUUCCAGGAUAUAAUAACACCCGAAACCAAGUCUUUAAUCAAUCAGGUGAUUCAACGUCUUCAAGAUGUCCAGGUAAUGUGUGAUAGACGAACCGUAGGUCUUCGACAAAUCGUGACCCGUGCACGAGUCGUUCGACCCGUUCAAACGGUUCCACCGGAACCGUCCUCUUUGGUACGUUCUGGUUCUCACAGCAGCGUCCAGGGACGCAAAGAGCCUUUAGCUUCAGAAGUUGACAGUAGUUCGCCACCGGUCAGUGCCAACAUCAAAGUUCGCCAUGUCUUAACUGAACUGCUUGAAACUGAACGAGUUUACGUCAACGAAAUCAGCAUCGUCUUGAAGGGAUACAGGGAUCAGUUGAUGGAUCCAGAUCCUUCUCAAUCUGGUCCUUACCAAGUUCCAGUGCAGUUGGUGGACAAGACGGAUGUCCUGUUUGGCAACUUGCCAGAGAUCUGCGCCUUUCACGGACAAAUUCUCCUGCCAGAUUUGGAGAGCAGUCUUUCUAGCCCACAGCUAGUCGCUUCCUGUUUCCUCCGACAUACGGAAGAUUUGCACUCCUUGUACAGCUUCUACUGCCAGAACAUACCGCAGUCUGAAGAACUGCGUCGUCAGGUUGGAGAAAACAAUCCGUUUCUUCGUCAGUGCCAAACGAGCCUUGGUCACAAGCUUCCACUCAGUGCCUACCUGCUCAAGCCUGUCCAGAGAAUUACCAAAUAUCAGCUCUUGCUUAGAGAUUUGAUGAAGUACAGCCAGUCUCCCCUUGACUCCUCUGACGAUGUCCAACACGAAGAUAACGAUCUUCAAUCGGCCCUGGACGCCAUGUUGGCCGUCGUCCGUUGCGUCAAUGACAGCAUGCACCAAGUGGCCAUCACUGGUUACCAAGGAAGUCUUGCCGAGCUGGGUCGAUUGCUACUUCAAGGUGGAUUUAGCAUGUGGGCUGAGGGAAAACGGGACCGACUGCGGGAAUUGCGGCUAAAACCGAUGCAGCGCCAUGUGUUCUUGUACGAACGAGGCGUCGUUUUGUGUAAACGGGUUGGUAAAGAAAUGGACAAGGCUACUUACCAAUUCAAACACCUCCUGAAGAUGUCGGAAGUUGGUUUGACGGAAACCGUUCACAGCGGAAAAGGCAGUGACGCCCGCAAGUUUGAACUAUGGCUGCAAGGUCGUCACGAAGUUUGGGUGUUGCAAGCUCCAGCCCGUGAUGUCAAAGAAACUUGGAUUACCGAGAUCAAACGAGUUCUGCUUAAUCAGUUUCAUCAGCUGAAAGGUCAGACGAUCGCGCAAACAUCAUCGUCGAAGACGGGACCGACCUUAUCAUCGAUUGGUGCCAGUGGCGUCGUUGCACCGGCUGGAGGCGUUCAGAAAAUGAUCCAGAUUUCGUCGUCCAUCCCCAACGGAGCACCGCAUCCAUCUUCUCCCUACGGUCCAAAAUCCCUGCGUCCGGCGUCGUCUUGCUCGUCGUGGGAAUACAACAACAGCACAGCCGGAAGCAGUAGUAGCAGCAGCGGUGUCAGCAGCACUGGUGAUCGCAGUUCCAUUGUCGAUAUGAGUGCAUCGAGUACGAUAUCAAGAGCAUCAUCUGGAAGCCGAAUGCUUCGCUCUGCCACCGUCGACGAGGAUGACGGAUGGAGCACCGAUUUCUCCCUUAGCGACGAAGACAUGGGCGAAAACUAUCUCGAUCAUGUUGAGGAUGCUACACAAUCGCUACGUCGCCGUUAUGUUGUGUUGGCCGACUACGCCCCUCUGGGACCGACUGAGGCCGGCCUUCGAGAAGGAGACAUCGUCGAUCUUGUUCGUGUUGGUUGCGCGGGUUGGUGGUAUGUCCGGCCAUCGUCAGUGGGUAAUACUUCGUCGCAAGAAGGAUGGGCCCCUUCAGCCUAUCUGGAGACAGCCCCUGCACCGGUCAUCAAAUCACCUUGCAGUUCAGGCACUCCUUCGCCUUCAGUCAGCAGUCAGGAUAGCGAACACGAUCACCUACAAUAGGGAGAACAACAAAUGGAAAGUGGAUUUCUUUGGCAACCUAAAGCCGUUGCUUUAGUCUUCAAAUGAGCCAUUUUUAGUUUUGCAGAGACUUUGUACAUACCGAAACAACCUAGUUCGGAAUCGUUCGCCAAUCGCCAGCUAGAUGUGCGUGUGUCCAUUUCAAAUUUGAUUUGAUAAAGCAUUUAUUUGUUUGUUUGUUUUUUCUUGGAAAUGCUUCCAAUUUCCUUCGCCCCUUUAGAAUUGAAUGGCUUGGGCUGUUUAAUUAUUUACUUGCUCUUCCCUUUUGUUAUUUCAUAUACAAAAUGUCUGUACGUUUUAUAUAAGCUACUCGUGUAUGUAGUGUACCUGAGUCCUACCUCUUGUAUGUCACACUGCUACGUAAUGCAUAAAUAAAAAUAAAAAAUGUAUGCGAGAUGCAAAAACAAAA